GCUUCUCCCAACCCACAACAAUGGCAAAAAACAUGAAAGGAUGCUGAAGUUAAAAGAAGAGAGAGAACGUUCUUGUAGGAAAAGCAUUUAUGUGCGAGGUUUUCAAAACUCAGGAUCCAUAGAAGAAGAUAUAGCAAAAUACUUCAGUGCAUAUGGAAAAGUCUCAAACAUAUUUUUGGAUAAAGAUAAGGGUGUUUUUGCAAUAGUGGAGUUUUCUAGUGAAGAAAGUGUUACAAAAGUGCUGAGUCAAUUGGAGUCAUUACCACUUCUGCAUAACAAACACCUUACAGUGAAAGAAAGGACUUUAACUAAAACUGGCUUUCAAUUUAGAAUGCAAAAACCCAUAAAGCGUGGUCAUGAUGACUCUGAGGAACACCACCGUGGGCAUUUAGGAAGCAAAGAGAUGGCAAAAUUUUUGUCCAAGGAUCUCAUUGUCAAACUGAAUCCGUUGAUGAAGGUGGAUGAACAAGUGAACAUUUUGAUGCAGCAAUUGUGUCUCAGUGAUGAAGACAUCAAAUUAAGAAGACUGGUUUGUCAGCUGCUACAAGAAGUGUUGAGUGAAGUUUAUCCAGGAGCCUCUGUGGUGCCUUUUGGUUCAACUGUUACUGGAGUUGGAUGGAAGGGAAGUGACUUGGAUUUGUGUUUACUGACGUCUAAAGUUGAUGACACUAUUGUUGAUUACUCUUUAGUAAUUGAUACCCUGCGUAGUUUUGCUCCCGGUUGCACAAACAUCAUACCAGUCUUGACUGCUAAAUGCCCUCUCAUUAAAUUCACACAUCUGCCCUCUGGAUUGUCAUGUGACCUAUCAGUAAACAACAGGCUUGGUGUAAGAAACUCAGAGCUCCUUCACUGCUACAUGUCCCUUGAUCCCAGGAUUACUCAGCUGGUCUUUGUUGUGAGAGCCUGGGCUAAAGCCAAAGCCCUAACUGCUAGCAGACAGCUGUCAAACUAUGCAUUGACUCUGAUGGUGCUGUACUUCCUGCAAAUGCAACAUCCACCAGUCAUUCCUUCAUUACAAUGUAGAUUUGAUACCUGGAUCAGAGAGGGACCACAUUUGUGUGCCAUGAAAGAGCCUAAUUCAGAGGUUAUUGACAACUGGAACUGUUCAUUUUUCACAGUUGUUACUAAACUUUCUCCCUCACAGAAUACCAAAAGUCUGAUUCAGUUAUUGGAAGAGUUCUUUUGCUUCUUUUCAACUGAAUUUGACUUUGCUAAUUGUGUGGUGAGCAUAAGGACAGGCCAAAGGACAAGUAUUGUGUCAGUCUUGAAAGAGUUAAAGGUUUCACAGUGUACAGAAACUAAUGAAAAUGGUUCAAUGAUCACAUCUGAUAGUGACCAAGAAUGCUAUAGACAGUUAACAAAGAUUGAAGAUAGCAAGGAUGCUAGCAAAAUUACAGAGGAAACCACUAAGCACCAGGAUGCACUGCCAAAUUUAGUCUUAGGAUGUUCUCACAGUAGUCCAGGGACUGGGAAGCAAUUAGAGUUUAAGAUCUCCCCUUUGUGUGUUCAAGAUCCCUUUGAGCUUGUACAUAACUUGACACAGAACAUUACCAUGGCAACACUGAGAAACAUCAUUGAAUUGAUGAAGAUUGCUCACAAGAUUUGCCAGGAUCUGAAUAGCAGUGUUGACAAUCCAAAUCCCACUGGAAAUAAUCUCUUAAGCCUUUUUACAGUUUGUAAAUCUUCUAAAAAGAAGAAACAUUCUCAGUGCCAUGAUUUCUUCGUUAAGUAUCAAAACAAAAGUUCUCAAGCACUGGACACAGGUUGUGUUGACAACCUGAGUACACCCCACGCAGUUUUUGUGUCUGUUCUAGAGACAUUAGAAAGGGAGUAUGGAUUUCAGUGUAAAGUUAAAAGUUCUGCUAAGAUGCCCUGCUCUAUUGUGGAAGAAUCUGGUGUGCUUAGCAAAACUCAGGGUUUCAAAACAUCACUGGUGCCCCAGCUUUCUGGCCACAUCUCUGCAGCAGGUUGCAGCAACACUAAAAAUGAAGCAAGGAUAUCAGAGAAAGUAAACAAAUUUAACAAUGAGUUUUCAGCGAUUUGCAAAGCCUUUGAAAAUACGUGGACCCAUUGUCGAAGAGAACGACGCAGGUCCCUUCAGCCUGAGAAACAAGGUAAUGGGAACAACGAUAGUUUAAGCAAAGAUAAGUUAUCUGAUAGAAGAUCAGGUCAAUUGUUAGAAGGAUGUAACAAUCAGGUUGAGGAGUUUGCAAAUGCUCCUGCCACUGCCCAUCCACUUCUCAGUUUUGAAUUGAAUGUAAGAAGUUUCCCUCAAAAGGAGGUGAAAAAUGGUUGUACUGUCCUCAUGGAACAUGUUGAAAGUAAAGAAUCUCAGCUAUUUGGAAACUUCUUUUCUGCUUUCAAGAAGUAUUUCUUGAGUUUAGUAACAAAGUAAAGGGUUUGUUAGCAAGCAGAGCACUAUACAGAUAUAUGUACCAAUUAACUGUAAACUUUAUACAAAAUAAUUAUUUAUAACUUAAAAAAAAUUAUUUUUACAAGUAGAUAAAUGUUCCGCCACUCUUAAAAACUUGUAAAAACUUCCGUUCUUUUUCUGCAGUACUAUACGCAAGAUAUUCACUCAAGAACUGUUUUCACGAAUUCCCUGUGAUUGUGGGUUAAAACUAAGCCACAAUAUUAUGCAACGGGGAUGUUGAUAACUCAGUUAUCAGUCAAAUCUUUAUGUAAUAACAUGGAAGAUACAUUUUGAUAUUUCAAUAGAUAAUUAUUAAAAGUGGGGAGAAUGAUUUGAAAGUUGCACUAGUCUGUUGAAAUUCAACGUGGGAAUGAUAAGUUUUUUGAAAGUUUUCAAACUGAAGUAUUUAAGGCCCUUGCUCAACCAAUCAGCUUUGCAUGCUUUUCUUUUGAUUGUUGAGCUUGGUCUUUAAAGCUACAGUAUAUUCUUUUAUUACAUCCAUUUUGAAAUCACUGGUGGUCCCUGUAAUCUGAUUGGCUCUAAUUGGUGCCAU